UAUUCUCCAUCGCAUCCUUCAAUUCUUCCACACAUCAUUUCUACCAUGUCUGACGUAGCGUACAUCAAGUCUCUUCUCGGUGUCCACCCCGACUUCCCCAAGAAGGGCAUCACCUUCCUUGACAUCUUCCCCAUCCUUCGCGACCCUAUCGCCUUUGAGACCCUCAUUACUCAUUUCGUGUCUCACAUCUUCAACACCCACAAAGUGAAGCCCGAUGUCAUCGUGGGUCUUGAUGCCCGAGGCUUCCUCCUCGGUCCCGUCAUCGCUAUGCGUUUGGGUGCUGCUUUUGUCCCUGUGAGAAAGGCCGGCAAGUUGCCUGGUUCUGUCGAGGUUGUAACGUAUGAGAAGGAGUACGGAGUGGACCAGUUUGAGAUGCAGUCUGAUGCUGUUACCCCCGGACAAAAAUUCAUCAUCAUCGAUGACUUGAUUGCAACCGGUGGAUCAGCAGCCGCUGCUGGAGAGCUUGUCAAGAAAUCUGGAGGCGAAACCCUUGAAUACCUCUUCAUCGUCGGCUUGCCCUUCCUCAAAGGUCAUGAAAAGCUUGAUGCCCCGGUCUACUCCAUGAUCGAAGCCGAGGACUAAAAAGUCAAGAGUGUUCUAGUUACAUAGACUAUAGAUGGGAGCCGGAUAAUCUUGUACAUGUAGCUCUUUGGGUGGCACAUAAUACCGUACAUUCCU